CCAGCAGAUGACUGCUGGCACAGAGGUGAUGGGGCACCAAGAAGUCCUAAUUCUGCUUAGGGGAAGGGAGUGGGAGAGAAUAUGGGGCAAUACGUUUGCAUUGAUUCACCAGGUAUACUAGGAGGGGGCCAUAAGAGCUGGGGUGAGGAGCCAGAGAGAAGGCCAGGAGGCCACAUGGAAAGAAGGGCUCAGGAAUGAUGGAAUUAUCUGUGAUCUCCUCUGUCAAAAACACUAACUGGAAUUCUGAGUACCACCAACCUAGGAUAUGGGAGGGAUAGACCUGGUAGACAAAAUUCUAAGAUUCCAGCCCCUCCCCCCAUACACACACCUGCAUAAUCCCAUCUCCUUGAGAAUAGGACUUACACAUCUGAUGCCAUUUCAGAUCUGCGAUUAUAUUACUUUAUCUGGCAAGAGAUUUUGUAGAUAUAAUCAGAGUUUCUCAUCAGUUGACUCUGAAUGAAUUAAAAGUGUGCAUAUCAUGAGUGGGUCUGAUGUAAUCAUAGGAGACCUUUAAAAGGUCCAGGCCUCCCCAGAAGUCAGACUGAUCCUGAGCAGCAGAGCUGCCAUCCACUGGGCCUUGAAGAAGCGGCAUGUUGUGGAGAGGUCCAUGUGACAGCCAAUAGCUGGUGGCCUCUAGGAGCUGGAACUGAAUUCUGUCAACAAGCAGUGAGUUUGGAAGAGAAUUCCCAGCUUCAGAGGAGAUUGCAGCCCUAACCAACACCUGAGUAGCCAACCCAUAGCAGAUUCCAGACCUGUGUGAGAGAAUAAAUUUAUGUUGUGCUUAGCUAUGGAACAUGUGGUGAUCUGUUAUAUAGUAAUAUAAAAUAAAUACAGUGGGGAGCAACUGCAAUAAAUGUUGAGGACAGAAGAGAAGGUAAAGAUCUCGAGCCCUAUGUGCUGCUGGGAAGCAUGGAAGUGUUCUGGACACUUUCAGUGAGAGGUCCUGAUGGACACAGUCAAUCAAAGAAACCCUGCCCGCCUCCUGAGGGUCAUCCCAGCUUCACUUCUCAAGAGGAAUACUCAGGUUCUACCUUGCCUCUUUCUGGUGAGUGGAGGCCAAGAAAUCUACCACCUAGGCUUUCUCUGCUGUGCCAAAAAUCCCUCCCCAGGAAUUGGACUGCAAAUCUCUGAGGAUGGUUACAGAGCACCUAUCAUCAGUUAGGAAAACUAAAGUAUCAGGAAACCAAAGGCAACUGCCAUCUCUGUGCUCACCCAACUGAUCCGGGUGAUGGUGGACCUGUGUAACAGCACCAAGGGCAUCUGCCUGACAGGACCACCUGGACCACCAGGGCCUCCAGGAGUCGAUGGGUUACCAGGACACAAUGGAUCAGAGGGACUGCCCGGCCCCCAGGGCCCAAAGGGCGAAAAAGGAGCCAAUGGAAAAAGAGGGAAAAUGGGCCUGCCUGGAGCUACAGGAAGUCCAGGGGAAAAGGGAGACCCUGGUGAACUGGGCUUGACUGGAAAUGAGGGCCCCGCAGGGCAGAAAGGUGAAAAGGGGGACAAAGGGGACGUGUCCAACGAUGUGCUCCCCGCAGGUGCCAAAGGUGACCAAGGUCCGCCCGGCCCCCCUGGACCUCCAGGCCCCCCAGGCCCCCCAGGGCCUCCUGGAAGCAGAAGAGCCAAAGGCCCUCGGCAGCCAAACAUGUUCAACGGCCAGUGCCCAGGGGAGACGUGUGCUAUACCAAAUGAUGACACUCUGGUCGGAAAAGCUGAUGAGAAAGUCAAUGGACACCUUUCCCCACAAGCAGAAUCCAUGAUCGCGUCCAUCGGAAAGCCCACGCAGGUGCUGAAAGUUGCAGAGACAUUUGGGACUUGGAUCAGAGAAUCUGCUAACAAGAGCGAUGAACGGAUCUGGGUGACCGAGCAUUUUUCAGGCAUCAGGGUGAAGGAGUUCAGUGACCAGCCCUCUCUGUUGAAUGGCAGUUACACACUCAUCCACCUCCCGUAUUAUUUCCAUGGCUGCGGGCAUACCGUUCACAACAGCUCUCUCUACUACCACAAAGGAGGCUCCAACACCAUAGUGAGAUUUGAAUUUGGCAAAGAAACUUCCCAAACUCUGAAGCUUGAAAACGCCUUGUAUUUUGAUCGAAAAUACCUCUUUGCAAAUUCCAAGACUUACUUCAAUUUAGCUGUAGAUGAAAAGGGCCUUUGGAUUAUCUAUGCUUCCAGUGUGGAUGGCUCAAGCAUUCUUGUAGCACAGCUGGACGAGAGGACAUUUUCUGUGGUGCAGCACAUCAAUACCACGUACCCCAAGUCCAAGGCCGGUAACGCCUUCAUUGCCCGUGGGAUUCUCUAUGUCACAGACACGAAAGAUAUGAGGAUAACAUUUGCCUUUGAUUUGUUAGGAGGGAAACAGAUCAAUGCAAACUUUGAUUUAAGAACUUCCCAGUCUGUGCUUGCCAUGUUAUCAUACAAUAUGAGAGACCAGCACUUAUAUUCGUGGGAAGAUGGCCAUUUAAUGCUUUAUCCUGUGCGUUUCUUGUCAGAGACAUUAAAGCAGUGAUGGGAUGCUUGCUGCUCAUCCCAGCAAAUUUCAGAUAUUCUCUGGGACCAUUUAUAUCAAUCCCCAAAGAAAACUUGUCUUUAAGGGUAGCCAGGUACUUUGCUUGUUUAUUUCAUGACAUGCCUAUUUAUAUGGCUGGCAAAAAUCUCUCAAAUUCAGAUUCUCUAGGAGAAAGUAGCAACAGAUUGGAAGUUGAAAUGACUAAGAUUUAGCGAUUCCUCUGGCCUGAAUCCUCAGGCCUUGAUUUGUUACCUGCCCUAGUCCUUCCGCCUCCCUCCUGGGGGUUCCUCAGCUAGAAGGGCUGGCCGACAGGACUGGUAAGGGUUCCUCCACCUUCAGUGAAUUUUAAACCUUUUGCCUGAUGGUACACUAAGAAACUUUGCUGUAAUUUGGGUUCUUGUUUGUUUUUCAGCCAUGUGCUGGGCACGUGUUGAUCAGCCCAACUGCUUGAGCAAGGAACUUCAUAGUGCUCACUCAGAUUUGGUGCCUUGGGAAGCUGCAUUGACCCUGCCUUGAGAUACCCUGUUACCCAUAGUUGACUCCCUUUCUCUGCAUCUGCAUCACCACAGUGCCGUGAAAGGCCAGUCCCCUCAGCUCCUCCUUUCUGCUCCAAGAUUAGCAAAAGCCAGGAACAGCCAGUUACAUGCUCAGGUUUCCUAGUGAAACAGAAACGAGCCCUUCCAGGUGCCUCUCCAUUUCUGAUCAGGCUGAUUUGCAGCAGUGGUCACAGCGGCCAACUCCUGGGGUGUCACUGGCUUCCUCCCCCCAGCUAUGCCUCCGCUCUCCAGCGCUGAGUGAUGUGGGCGGGCAUCCAUCUGGCUGCCUGUGGGAAUCACUGCGCAGUUUUCAGAAGAGAGGCACUAUUUGUAGUGGAGACUGGAAAACCGUGGCCCAAAAGAAAAGCCAGCCCGUUACCUGUUUUUGUUAAUAAAUUUUUAUUGGAACAGGUGAUGCUAUGUGUUUGUGUAUUACAGGCUGUGACUGCUUCUGUCCUACAAUGGUGGAGUUGAGUAGCUGCCAUAAAAUUGAGAAAUGUCCCACAAAGCCUAUUUGCUCACCAGAACCUGUGUGUGUUUUGUUCCAGGCUAAGAAGUAGCACUUUACAUGGUUUGAGUUUUUGGUAGAAGGCCAGGAUGAGAACAGCUUAAAAUUAAGUGGCCGUCCUUAAAGCAGAUUUAGAGGAUGCAAUCGCCCCUUGGAUGCCAAAAGAAAAUCCUGUUCGACUUGCUCUAAAUGCCCUGAAAUCAUAUAUUUUCUGCCAGAUCAGUUCUUCAAACAUCCUUUGGCCCAGGUUCAGGCAGGGCCACUGGGUAUAGCAGGGGAGCUGUAAGUCAUGAGCUCUGCAUCUGGGAAGAGGACCAAGGGGAACUCUUAUGAAGGAUUUUCCAGCAGUUUGGCCUCACUGAACAUGUGUGUGCUGGAAAGGAGCUUCUGAAACUUUUUCACUGGGUCCAAAUCCAUUCUCAAUGGCUCUGAGUCAUGGUUUUAUACCUUAUUAAUAGAAACAUUUUUAAACUUGAGGGAUAUAAAUUUAACUCCCCCACCUCCUAAAAUAAUUAGGCCACUGUUAGGGACUUUUUUGUUGUUGUGUGUUCAAAAUAAUGGGUAUGUAGAACUCCUCUCUCCCCACCCCCUUAUACUUUUUAAUUAGAUUGUGUCAUGUCCUCACAGCUUUUAAAAAACAUUCUUUUCAGAGUCAUGUUUUGUAACAAAGUAAUUGAGAGUUUCAUGUUCAAGAUCAAUGUGUCUAAUAUAGCUAGUUGUUUUUGUUUUAAGUAUUUAAAUAUAUGUGUUGAUGUUUCUAGACACAGGAUAUGAGUAUAAUUUCAUAGUAA